CAAUCCUCGAGUCGUAUCGAAACAAUCUGUUUAUGUUUGUCACAGGCUUGAAAUCAGUCCACGGGUAGGUGCCUUCCUUUUCCAUCGUGUUUGGCGUGGUGACAGUCGUCGCUUUCAUAUUCCUUUGCGGCGUUGUUUGCGAGCCUCUUUCACUUCAAUUUUCUCCUCUGAGAUGGAUUUUUUCUGAGACUGUGUAUGUUCACACUCUGUCUUUCCUUUUCUCAAAAUGGCACAGCAAAAGACCAUACUCUUCAUUGAUGCUUACGACUCGUUUGCCGAGAACAUUGCUGCAUUGCUUCGCCAGCAGCUUUGUGUGCAGGUCACAUUGAUCAGAAUAGACUGUGACAUUCCCACGCAAUAUGAGCAAGGAUAUCAAGAGUAUUUCGCCAGUUUCGAUGGCAUAGUUCUCGGUCCAGGCCCUGGUAAUCCUUCCAAUGAGUUGGAUGUUGGAUUGUUCAAUUGUGUCUGGGAGUAUGCACCAAUGCUCAACAUACCGGUGCUUGGAAUCUGUCUGGGCUUUCAGAGUCUUUGUGCACAGUACGGCCUGCCGAUUGUUCGAAUGGGUCUUCCCUGCCAUGGACAUGCUAAAGAUGUGCUUCACACCGGCACUGAUAUCUUUGCCAAUUCAAAGCAUGUCGUUGCAACUAACUACAACAGUCUUGGCGUUAGAGUCAAGGACUUCAAGCUCGACACGACUAGAAGUCGACGAACUUCGACUGGAUCUCUCGAAAGCUUUGUUUCUCUUCAAAGCCUGCAGUCCGCUGAUUCAAUUUUCUGUACCCCAACCGGCAGCAAGGCGCAUGUGCGACCAGCAGACAGUUUAGACCUGCUGGCAUGGGACAAGGACGAAUGGGUCAUGGCAGUCAAGCACAAAGAUCAUCAUUUCCACGGUGUUCAAUUUCAUCCAGAAUCGUGCAAAUCAAAUUCUGCUUGCGUGGAACUGCUCAAAGAGUGGUGGGCUUCUGCAGUCGAGCACAACGGCACGCACGGAAGACCCACUUCAACACCUCGUCAGGUCGAAACAUCGAACACGCCAGACAACGUCUGCUCAGAUCAUUCUGAAUCAGAGAUAGGGUCUGAUGAUUCUGAAUGGAUCCCUUCAACCGGAGCUCCACGCACCUUUGGUGCCAUCGACGACGAUUUGAAGGACAUUAGUGGCUCCGCUCAGCGCCUCCUCGACCUCCUUCGUGGGCUUGUAAGCAGAAACAACGGUACUAUAGUAUCUGCAAACGUACGCUUCGACCCGGAACGUCAAGAUCUUGCCGACAUAUGGAGACAUCGAAGCCCAGAAACCCCCCUGGUGAUGCUGGAGUCCACAAAGAGAGGACGAUACAGCAUCUAUUCAUGCAAUGAUUCGUCAAACUUUCGAAUUGAGUAUAUCAAUGGCGAAUGCUCUGUGUAUGAGGGUCUCGAAACUAUGGCAAGCGAGUCCGUUGCAAUUGACCGAGCCGAGAUGGUCAGACUCUUGGAAAUCUUUAUGUGCAGCCAGCAUAUCAACGAUGAUGGUUCUACUCUUCCAUUCAGAGGUGGGCUUGUGGGCUUUCUAUCCUAUGAGUUCGGAAUUGACUCCCUUGAUCUGGACGCUCGAUAUACCGAAGGCGAGCGACGCAUACCAGACCUCAGCCUCUUGUGGGUGGACCGCAGCAUUGUCGUCGACAAUGAAACUAAGCGUGCAUACAUUCAGUCUAUCCGAGGACGUUCAACUCGGAGAGGCUUUAAUGAUGCUGAUUGGGUUGCCGAGAUGAGCGAUAAUCUCGAAACAACCGAGCCAACCACCAUACCGAUCACUACAAGACCUAGCGACAUCGUGGAAUUGCAUGGGGUGCUAUCAUCAUCCACAUUCUCGAUGCCUGAUCAUGACCAGUACAUCGCGCAAAUCCGUGAUUGCCAGGCCGAACUUCUUGCCGGCAAUUCUUACGAACUCUGUCUCACGACCGAAGCGACGGUGAUCUCUCCCAAGGCCCAGCCUGAUGUGAUACCAGACUAUUCCUUCCUCUUGUAUCAAAACAUUCAGCGCCACAACCCUGUCCCGUUCGCAGCUUACAUCCGUCUCAACAAGACUACAAUCCUUUCCUCUUCUCCCGAACAGUUCCUCUCCUGGUCUCGAGCUGGGACCAUUGACAUGGUCCCGAUGAAAGGUACUGUCAAGAGAACUCCCGACAUGACACUUGAGAAAGCCACUGAGAUUCUCUCCUCUGCCAAAGAGUCUGCCGAAAACCUCAUGAUCGCCGAUCUUAUUCGUCAUGAUUUGUACAAUGUGGUCGGCAGGGAUGCUUUAGUUGAAGUGGUACGCUUGUGUGAUGUAGUCACAACAGAGACGGUGUUCAGCCUGGUCUCUCACAUCCGCGCAUAUGUCCCCCUACCCUCUGAGAUUCCACGAAGCUCUUCAGAGUCUAUCAAGGAGAUGAUCAAAUACGGUAUUCGCGCGUUGACCACCGCACUUCCCCCGGGAAGUAUGACGGGUGCACCCAAGAAGCGUUCUUGCGAGAUUCUUCAUCACCUUGAACAGCGACGUCGAGGUGUCUAUUCCGGAGCGAUAGGCUACAUGGACGUCACUGGGAACGGUGCUUGGUCUGUGUGUAUUCGCACGGCAUUCUCUCACGCGGACGAGGAUAUUCCAGCACCGGACGAAGGAAGAUCAGCAAUGCAGAAAUGGCACAUCGGCGCUGGCGGUGCUAUCACCGUGCUCAGCGACGAGGAACAAGAAUGGGAAGAGAUGAUGACCAAGCUGGAAAGCGUCCAGAAGGGCUUCAAGAGACAUGGUAAUCUGGUCAUUCUCCAGCAACUGAUCGAUCAAUAUCGGAAUGCUUUGGCGCGGGGAGGUGGUUUCAUCGACCGAGACUAUGCAGAGGAGACUGUUGAGAGUCUUGAGAGAGCACUGGCAGAGUGCACACUUUGACGUACUUUGUUCGUCUGACCUGCGUUGCGGUUACGUGAGGUUGUUUUGUAUGUGCACACAUGUCCGCUGAGCCAGCCGAACAGAAGAAGGCUUUGAGGGCGACCAUCGACUUUGCAAGGCAUAACACCGAAGCAACCAAUCAAUGCAUGCUCGGAACUGACAAGUACCUCGGGAAUUGUAUCUUGUAUUCAACACCUGGGCUAACUGAGAUGUCUACGUUCUUUACGAGUGGUGGAACGGAAAAAAUGGGCUGAGUCGUGAUUUGUUGUAUGCUGACAAGUACGAAUUUACGCCAGAAACAACGCGGAGGGAAAACACUACACCGACUUUCAAAACAUGUAUGACUACGACGACAUAUUUGCUUUUGCCGACUUCAACGCGGCUCGAUACCCCAUAGAGUUUCCU